UUCAGGACACGGAGAAGGAAGAGAAAAGAGAAAAAGUUGGAAUAAACAGAUGGAUCAAGUGUCUUGAGUUUAAAUUUUAGAUAUAUAUAUAUAUAGUUGUAUUAAAUAUUCAUACAAAAGUUUUCUCGUUAGUAUUUUAUCUGAUUUCAACAUGAAUGAUAGGAAUGGAAAACAUUGAGCCGCACCUACAAUCACUGCAACUUUAAUUGCUACAAUACCUGAACUCAAUAUUCAGUAGCAGCAGCAUAAAGAGACGUGAUGAACUGAUGAUGUGUGAAUUAUGAUGACAUUAAUUUUUUUUAUUGACAAUUAUUAAUUAUUAGUUUUUGUUAGCAAAGAUGGAACCACAUUGUUUUUCCUUCUUCCCUCCACCACUACGGAUGGCGUUCCUCACCGAGUUAACAGCCCGCGUUACACUGGGUCGAUGACUCGUCCAGCUCACUCAUUCAAACGCAACAACAACAACAGUGAGAUUGAGCUUCAAAUCAACUCACCCAGAUCACCCUUGGUUUCUGCUGAAGGGUCUGUUUCAAAAAGGAAUCAGCAUCAUCAAAAGGAGAAAAAGAACAAAUUUGGUUGUUGGGUGUUCUUGCUCUUCUGUGGGGUGUGCUUGUUUCUGGGUCUUCUCAUGAUUUGUGCUUCUGCCUGGUGGUUCCGAUCUAAAGUACAUAGUACACAUGAAUCCAUUAUUCAGGAACUAUCUGACUCCAUUACUAGUCAAAAUCUAAUGGAUCAAAGCUCCCAUGGUUAUGCAUAUAGGGAGGGAGCAAAUGAGGUUGACCGAACUCUAAAGUUGGUAACUACAGGGGUGAUUGACGGCUAGGCUGGCACGACUGAAGAAAGCCUCUAAUCGUUGUCUCAUGUGUUUAGCUAUAUUAUUCUGUUAUUUUUUGUUUGGUUGUCAAAUAAAAUGACAAGGUAUAUGGAAUGAACAACAAAAGGUGAUUUAUUGGUGUAUAAAUUCAAAGAUGUUUUAAUCUUUUUAUUUAUCAACAUUUGCUUUGUAUUUAGGAACAGGUGUCUGGUCUAGACCUAACUAUGAAAAUUUCACCCAAUGUAUAGACCUGCCAAGAAAUCAUAAAAGUAUGAAAUUUUAUUAUCAA